AUGAAUCUUGUGUUACCGCUACUACCAACAGAACGGCAGCUUUUAUGUGUGGCUUUCGCCAUCUUCAAGUUGUUCGGUUUCAUACCGUUCCCGUUCGAUUGCUACACGUUUGAGCUGAAACCUUGCAGCACUAGAACAACACUGUUGCAUCUUCCACUAGGACAGCUUCUCUUCUACGUCAUCCUGCACUGUACUGUCAGGCUGUACAGAGCUGACAUAUUUUACACUGAGGUACAGAUCUUGAACAUCAACGACAUCUUAUACAGUGGAUCCAUGAUGUCGGCUGUUUUUGUGAUUUUUAUAUGCACCAUAGUACAACGCAACACUCUUCGAAAGGUUUGGGACAUGCUGCGAUUGAUGGGUAGAACUGCGCGCAAGAAGUACGUGCAACGCUUUACACGGCAAUACCUGUGGAAAUUCUAUGGCUAUCUGUUAUUUAGUACGGUCAUCGAAUCAUACAUAGUGUACAGUGCUCGUAAUUUACCAUUGAUUUUAGCGUUCUGGUUAGUGGCAUUGCAUUUGAACGCUUUUCUUCGACUGUAUCAUCUUUUCCACAUGUUCUACAUCGAAAUGCUAAAGGUACAACUGAAGCAGUUACAUUAUUGGUUAAUGGAGGUUGGUUGCUAUAUGGACGAUCUACAUGUACAUCCGAAAGAAUCGCAGUUGUAUCGAGAGUUGUACAAUCGUUGCGUGGAUCGCUUGCUUGAGUUGAAAAAUGUGUACGGACAGCUGUGGGAGUUGAGUGACAGCAUCAACUGUGCCUUCGGAUGUUCACAGAUUUGUAAUUUUGCAUGCAAUUUUGUAGAACUUUCCUGCAAUUUAUACUGGUGUUAUGUAUCUGCAAAAGGAUAUGAUGAUGCUGCCUAUCAAGACACGUUCCUUAUGCUGUUGCCAACAUCUUGUCUUAUUGCAAUGUUGCUGAAUUCUACCGAAGCGUGCCUUCGUGUGGUGUCAUCUUUGCAGUCAGCACUGCUGGAAAUUCCCCACCAGAAUGAUCCUGUCAUUGGAAAGAUCAUCUAUCGCUUCGGUUUGCAGAUCGAACAGCAAAAGAUACGCCUGACAGCUUACGGAUUGUUCGAAAUUAAUUACUCACUCUUGAGAAUGUUCGCUACGGGAAUUACAACGUACAUGAUAAUUUUUAUCACCUUUUCUAAAGAGCUCACUCCUGAAGAAGUCUCUGAUGGCUAA